AUGUGGGGAUAUUUCUUUGGAGGCAGCUCACAGCAAAAGAAGGACUUGCCCAAGAAGGCUAUAGUCGAGCUUCGUGAGCAUAUAGCAACAUUAAAUAAAAAAAAGAACCAUUUACUGCAGCAAAUGGAAGAUCAGGACCAGAUGGCACGGAAAUAUGUUUCAUUAAAGCAAACGAAUUUGGCCAAGAAUGCAUUAAAGCGUAAAAAGGGGUAUGAGACCAACUUGAUGAAGGUUGAGAACCAAAUAGAAACUUUAGAAACGCAGUUAAUAUCUAUCGAAGGCGCUAAUUUGAAUCUAGAGACGAUGAAGGCAAUGAAACAAGGAGCUACUGCAAUGAAGCAGAUACACGGAGAAUACAAUGUAGACAAAGUCGAAGAUACAAUGGAGGAAAUAAGAGAGCAGGUUGAAUUGGCGGAUGAAAUAUCCGAGGCUAUAUCUAGACCAGUUGGUAAUGAGUAUGUGGACGAGGACGAGUUGGACGAAGAAUUGGCCGAAUUGGAAAGGGAGAACAAGGAGCAACAACAACAGCAGCAGCAGCAAGACAAAGUCUCAAAAGUCAAACAACAGCAACAACCAGUGCAAAGAGAAGAGGAGUUGCCCUUUUUCCCUAGCGUGACAAAGAACCAACCCAUCUCGCAAGAUGACGAAGAUGAGGAGGUCUUGAAACAACUACAAGCUGAGAUGGAGUUGUAA